UCACUCAAAUUCAGAUGUGUGUGAAGCCAGACGAGCGAAUACUUUUGGCAGUAUAGUGUGUCUAGAACUGUUUGCAUGCUUAAAUUGAAAGUGGUUCUAUGGGUUCUUGGUUCUAUGGUUCAUAAAGGGUUCUUCUACAGUUACGACGCCAGGCUUUUUGGUGACAUAGUAUGGAGCCCUGCUGGUGACAUAAAUAUAUAAAAAAUAAUGUGUGGCCACGAGUUAGUAAGGCAUGGGAAUGGGAUAAUUCAAUCAUAACCACCACUUAGUAAGGAAUGGGGACUAGAUCCUAAUGCCGCAUGAAUAAAAAAUAAUGUGUGGCCACGCCAUAUUAAUUUGUGGGAACAAGAUCCUAAUGCGUCGCCAUGACUAAGUAAAGUCUGGAAACGAGAUAAUCGCAUCGUGGCCACAAGAUCAUGCCUUACUAAGCUUAAUCUUCUCCUUCCAACGCCUUACUAAGUCGUGGCCACGCGUUAUUUUCGUUUAAAGGAGAUGUUAUCAGUAGGGCUCCGUACUAUAGAACCAUAUUCACCACAUUUCUCCAUCCGAAGAACCGCUACACCAUGCAGAGAACCAUUUAAGCAUGGAAAUGGUUCUAUAUAGAACUGAGGUUCUGAAGAGGAGCCUUGCCCUCACUAAAACACUUGAAGAACCAUUUCAUUGAAGAGGUCUUUGGGAAAAUGGGUGGGAUUCCCCUUUAAACUGUGCUCUAUGGCCCUUCAGGCCAUCGGCAGUAGAUUUGUAGAGUGGGCUUCCACACUUUUCCCCCAAUCUAAGCCAUGCAUGCGGGCAGGGGAGGAGUUUUCAGCAGGUUAUAGCUCCUCGCAGCUGUCCGCGUCCUCGCUUUUCAGAAGGAACCGAGGCAGCGCUCCGCUCAUCCAGCAGUACAGCGCCGCCAGCGGCCAAAGGCUCCCUCCAUCCAUCCCUCCAUCCGCUCUCUGCCUCCGACCAGCUCAGCCCAGCACAGGUGCAGCCCCGACCUUCAGUCAAAGAGUUACCAAAAGCCGACUUCUACGCAGGAACUCCAGCAGAACGUCUCUCGUUCCGGCACUUGGAUGGGAAUAAAGCUGAAAUUGUGACCUUGGAAGACGAAGAUGUUGUUGCCAUGGGAACUCUUAAUCCUACUGUCACUCAAGUGCUACCUGGCAGAGAGGGUUAUUCAGCAUGGCCCCGUGUUCACCCAGGAGCCCAGCGACAGCGUGUUCCCGCUGAGUUACGAAGACAACAAGAUAUUCAUCAACUGCAAAGCGAAAGGAAAACCAAUGCCACAUUACAGGUGGAAGUUCAAUGGAAAAGAUCUCAGUGUCGACACGGAUUUAAACUACACUGUGGUGGAGGGCAACCUUGUGAUCAAUAACCCCGAGGCAACUAAACACGGAGGGUCUUACCAGUGUAUCGCCACUAAUGCCUUCGGAACCAUCCUCAGCCGCGAGGCUAAAGUGGAGUUUGCCUAUUUGCAGAAUUUCAGCAGUAAGGCCAGAGGUCCAGUGUCGGUGAGAGAGGGUCAGGCCGUGGUGCUGCUGUGUGGUCCGCCGCCCCAUUUCGGAGAGAUCAGAUACUCAUGGAUCUAUAACGGCCGUCCCAGCGUCCUCAUCAGAGAUAAUCGGCGCUUCGUGUCUCAGAGGACGGGAAACCUAUACAUUGCGAAGGUGGAGCCAUCAGAUGUGGGGAACUACACAUGCGUGGUGAAGAAUAUGAUGACCAACGCCACAGUGUACAGCUCACCGACCCCAGUGGUGCUGCGCAGAGAUGCUGUGAUGGGAGAGUACGAGCCGAAGAUCGAAGUCCAGUUUGAAGAAACGCUCCAUGUGGCCAAAGGAUCGUCAGUUAGGCUGGAGUGCUUUGCUUUAGGAAAUCCGGUGCCUUCCAUCUCCUGGAGACGAGCGGACGGAAGCCCCUUUCCUGGAAAGAUGAAAAUCAAUCACUCCAACGGGGUCCUGGAGAUACCCUAUUUCCGCCCAGAGGAUGCCGGCUGUUAUGAAUGUGUGGCGGAGAAUUCCAGAGGCCGCAGCGUCGCUAAAGGACAUCUCAUAUUUAAUGAUGUGGAGCACCUACAUUGGGCUCAGACGCUGCGAGAUGCUUAUAUGGCCAUCGAGGACGACCUGCACUGGGAGUGCAGGGCUAGCGGUAAACCCCAGCCUGUGUACAGCUGGCUCAAGAACGGCGAGGUCUUGGUGUCCCAGGACAGAAUCCGGGUCGACGGUGGAAAGUUAACAAUCUCUCAAGUCCACCUGGAGGAUUCUGGGAUGUAUCAGUGUUUGGCUAAGAACGAGCACGGGGUCAUUUACGCCAGCGCUGAGCUCAAAGUCGUAGCCUCUCCUCCGGACUUCUCCAGGAGUCCGCUGAAGAAGUCCACUCUGGUGCAGAGGGGAGGCGAGGUCAUCAUCGAGUGCCGCCCGCAUGCCUCCCCCAGGGCCUCCUUCUCCUGGAGAAAAGGCAGCGAGCUUUUGAAAGACAGCGAGAGAUGGACCGUCAUGGAGGAUGGCACCCUCCGGAUCACCAACGCGAGCGAAUCAGAUGCCGGCAGGUACACGUGUGUGGCCCGCAACCCUUUCGGGACAGCCAGCAGCACGGGAACGCUGGUGGUCAAAGAGCCGACCAAGAUUACGGUUCCUCCAUUAAGUAUGGAUGCCACGGUGGGCGAAAGCAUCGUCCUGCCAUGCGAGGUGUCCAGGGACUCCAGCGUGGACCCCACCUUCAAGUGGUUCUUCAACGGGAAGCUGGUCGACUUCAGCAGACAUGAUCACUUCGAGAUGAUUGGAGGGGGAUCAUCCGGUGACCUCAUGGUCCGCAACAUUCAGCUGAAGCACUCGGGGAAGUACGUGUGCAUGGUGCACACGGCGGUGGACAGCGUCUCGGCCGCGGCCGACCUCAUCGUCAGAGGGCCCCCUGGUGCCCCGGAGGGGGUGCUGGUGGGGGAAGUCACGGACAGGACGGCUCAGAUCUCAUGGGGCCCCGGCUCUGACAACCACAGCCCUGUUACCCUCUACAUAGUGCAAGCCCGCACUGCCUUCUCCGUCGGCUGGCAGGCUGUCAGAACAGUUCCUGAUUCUGUGCCUGGACAGAUGACGCGCGCCACAGUGGUGGGCCUCAACCCCUGGGUGGAGUAUGAGUUUAGGGUGGUGGCGGUCAACGCCGUCGGGGUGGGGGAACCCAGUGCCCCGUCCCAGCCCGUUCGCACACGGCCAGCAGAUGAUCAUCUUUUGAAGUUAUGCACUGAUGAGCUGGCGCUUGAUUCCUUUCACUUGGUAACAGGAUUCAGCCAUGAAUUGAUCAAAUAUGGCAAAAACCUGUCAAAAUUUUCAGAAAUUGAGCUCAGGCAAGUGGUUUUUCAAAUAUUUUCAAUAUGCGUAUAUUUUACUUUUCCAACAGUCCUGAUCAGUUUGAGCCUCAUUUCAUUCGUCAAACAUUUUUUGCAAAUUUUUGAGUCCAUCCAUCCAUCCAUCCAUUUUCUAAGCCGCUUCAACGUCAGGGUCGCGGGGGGAUGCUGGAGCCAAUUUUUGAGUCAUUUCUUAAAAUUCUGUAAAAGAAAAUGCAAAUUAAUUAGUGUUUCCAUCAACUACGGUUAUGCACAAAGUCCUGAAGAGGACAUUGUGCUGUACAGCGUCUCACUCACAGUGUGCUCUAUAUACAAUGAAAGGAUUUGGCUCUUUAUCAGCUGCAGGUAGAGUAGCGUUAUAGCCGUCUGUCAGAUGUGCAUUGCCGUAGCUCUAACAGUUCAGAGAUGCUGGUCAUUUAAUAAGGGCUGAAGUCUCUCACUUCGCUGCCCGAACCCCUGCAAACCCCAGCACAGCUAACCGUUCUGAGAGGCCGCGGUGCCAAACGUGACUUUUGUUCCCUUCACGUCAAGACAUGUCUGACUUCCACCUCAUCCAAGAGUAAAAACAUUUUUUUGGCGAUACUUCGGCAUUUCCGGCUUUUCCAUUCAGGUUUUGUGAAUUUUGAAAUUGUGUAAACAGAGCUAGGUAGAAAAGCCACCGGCAGCUGUGGCUACAUUUCCAGCCAAACAUUUGUGGAAAGCGUUUCAACACUUUGAAAAGUCGGUCUUUGUGGGCUAUGAAAACAGAGGUUCUCUGUGGUAAUUUAUGGAUGUCGACAAAACUUGGUUUGGUCCAACCAGACUGAGACUGAGGAGGAGACAAGAGCCUUUUUAAAAGGAAUGCUUCUUAUUAUCAACUCUUACAGAGAGAGAGCCUUUCUAAAUGAAGAGAAAACGUGAUCGCGUGUAUUCCUGAAGUGAAAAUAAUGAUGACAACAAUAAGAACAUUAAUAAUAAGCAGAAAAAGGAUAAUAAUAAAAAACAGAAUGUGCAGAUAGACAGACAGACAGACAGACAGACAGAAACCUAUCUACAGGCUAUACAACUAUAUAUACAACUAAAAAUAUACAAAAAUGUGCAAUAAGAUCUAUUCUGAGAUUAAAAAAAGGCAAUGCAGUAAUGAAGGAGGCUCAGGUAACAGCGUAUAAUGACAAUACUGAAUACGUAUGUGCAGACAUUGGUACUGAAAUAAAGUGUCCAGCUGUGGAGUGUCCAGAUGUGCCAGAUGUGCCAGAUGUGCGAUAAGGUAUGCAGUAUGUACUGUAUAAAGUCAGGUCUUUGUAGGUUCAGGGAAAUCAAGAAAGCCAAAGCCACACACGUUGCUUGCAAUUUGCAUCGAAGGCUGGAAACAAAUGACAAAUUAAUGACAUUACGUUGCAUAUUUAGUGUAUUUUCAAGUGAAAAUAAGUUCACGCAUGCUCUACAGAGAAUAUGCCAUUUUUCUGCAAAUAUUAGUGCACGAUGUUGAUUUAUUGUCUUUUGCACAGCCACAUUUUAUGGUUUUCGUUUCUGCUGUUACAAAUAAAACCAGUAAACCGUAAUUGUGCAGUAAAAUGUGCAGACGUGUGGUCUCUGUAGAGGAUGUGUUCACUUGUUUACACUGAAUAUCAACAGGGCAUGGGAUCUGACCAGGAGUGCCCAAGCCUGUCUGUGCGACUGGUGGAUCUUAGGGUGCAGUUUAGAAACCAAGGCCAAAAAAUACAGCAUUGCUUGAUGUGUAAGUUUGGGUUAAUGGCUGAAUCCUGAAUGGUUAACUGCUCUCUUCACCAUGUCUUCUCCUCCCGUACUGCAACAAACUCAGCGCGUCGGGCCUGCGGCGAAAACGCAAUUUAACUCCAUAAUUAGUUUAAUUCGCUCGGAGAGCCUCGUCUUGAUGGCAGCUUAGCCAUGGGAAAUCCACGCUCAUUGUUUCCCGUCAGUCAUUGCGUUGGGCACACGCACGGCUCCAAAUUGCGGAAUAAUCUCCACACAAUUAAGACACAAAUCGAGUGCGUGGCAAUCUGAUUGACACCGGAGGAGAUUUAGCUAAAUCGGCGGGGAGACGACGUCUGCUUUUUUUUUGCACGACUGGCUGUGGGUUUUCACACUUCCCAACACCUUCCUCCCUUUUCUCCUCAUUAGCCCUCAUUGUACGAGUCCUUUUCGGAUCGUAAGAGUAAAGAUGUCACACUGUACCUUUUAAGCAUUCUGAUAUUGCACAUUAACAAGCAGGUCCCGCGAUCAUUAAUUCAUGCCUGCCUGAGCCGCGAACGUGUGAAAUACCCACGCUUUCCGUCAGGCAAUAGGACUUGAAAGAGUCUAUUUUCUGCCGGAUUUCUUCUGAGCGCAUCUGCCUUGAUCACAAGGAGUCGCACAGAAGAAAACACUGCGUCAACCUCAGCUUCAGCACUUAAAAGGGAGCAACCCAACCAAAAAAAAAUCCCAAGCUUUGUCGCUAUGCGGGUUCAGCUUCGACCCAACUUACUUAAAGGUGCUUUGACGAGACCUUUGUGCCUCAAAGCCUCAGAGGAAUCGGGCUGUGUACUCAGUCCUGUUUUUUCUGUUGUUCUUCACUGUUGUCCCAAGCUCCUGAGGUGGCUCCCGCCAACGUGAG